UCUGAGCCCGGUCGGUUGUCGCAUCGCUUGGCAAACCAACUUGAAUAUAUAUUUUAUAUUUUCAAUAUAUAUAUAUUUAUUUACAAGUUAUUGUUUCUCGUUCAUUUCCUUUUCAACAACAACAAAAUGCGUCGCUCAGGCGCUUUUGCUGUCAUCGCUUGUGCGACUCUGGCGCUUCUAAGCAUGGCGGACCCAGUGAAAUGUGACGGACAAUAUACAAUCGUUGGACCGGGAACCAUACACUCUCAUCGAGACUACAAUGUGGCUGUCGCCGUGCAUCACACCAAGGAGCCUGUUACCUUGAAGAUUGGUAUUACGGGACCUUCGUACAACGAGACCCAAACGGUCGAGUUGCCAAAUAGCGAUGAGUUCAAGCAGAUUACCUUCAAGUUGCCUCCUCUAAAAUCUGGAGACUAUAACUUAACCGCAGAGGGCGUCUCGGGACUAGAGUUCAAGAACUCCACGCAGCUUACUUUGGCAGAGUUUAAGCCCUACGUCAAGCUGCAAACCGAUAAGGGAAAGUAUAAGCCCGGCGACACUAUCAACUACCGCGUAAUCUUCUUGGAUGAGAACCUUAGGCCAAGUGUGGCCGAGGAUGAUGUAGUCGUAUGGUUCGAGGAUCCCAAACGCAAUCGCAUUAAAGAGCUUAAGCACAUCAAGACUCGAGGUGGUGUCUACACCGGAAAAUUUGAACUGUCGGAGUUUGCCAUUCUGGGCUCGUGGACCCUUUCGGUGCAGAGUGGCAAUUCCUAUUCGGAUGAGCGGGCCUACUUUGACGUGGAGAAAUACGUGCUCCCUAAAUACAUCGUCAAAAUGGAUGCGACUCAGCAUGUGUCGGUCAAGGACGGUGAUAUGCAGGUUGUUGUGAAAGCCAAUUACACCUAUGGCAAGCCAGUAAAUGGCAAAGUACUGCUCAAUGUGCACACGGACGAGUCAAGCUCAUGGUCCACGGUAAAUGGCGAAACAGUCCGCACAGACACGCCAGGGCACGCUCUCAUCAGAACUGCGGAGAUGGUCAACGGCAAGGCGAAAUUUGAUAUUAAUGUUAAGGAAUUUGCUACUUUCUUGCCACACAAAACGUCGUCGUGGUACGCACAGAUUUUGGCCACUGUUGAGGAGGACUUUACAGGUGUUCAACUUAACGAAACUGGGGGCGUACAACUUUAUCCGUAUCGCUACGAAAUGUCCUGCGUGGACUACAGCUCUUGCUAUUCCUUUGUAGCCGAUAAGGAACACGAAAUCAUCUUCAAAGUCACUCUUGUUGAUGGCACCCUACUAAAAGACACCAAGACCCCUGUCAAGGCAAAGUUCACCGAGGGAAUACGCCACUCUAGAUAUGGCGAUGAGUCCAAAUUACCGACAAUUGAGAAGAAAUCCCUUGAAUUUGAGAGCCACCUAAACGAGUCCAGCUUGGCUGUCUUUAAGAUCACGCUGCCAGAUUUACCUGACAUGGAAAACUAUACGCGUUACUACAGCAUCGAGUUACAGUUUGAUGGAGAAGAGCGAGAGCUGUAUACAACCUAUCCCUACAGGGAGCCAAAGAAAAUUGAACCACUUCCUGAAGAAGAGAAGGAAAAGGAAUGGUUUAAGGUCGACGUGCAGAGACCUAAGGACAUAUGGAGCCUCAAAAUCGGAGAGGAAUACCAAGUUACUUUGAACUCCAGUCGUCCGCUCAAGUACUUUGUGUACAACAUCAUUGGACGUGGCAAUGUCCUGCAAACGGAACGAAUCGUGCUGAGUGAGCCACAGAAGGUCUAUAACAUCAGUCUGACACCAACAUUCCUGACUUCUCCUUAUGGUCGUAUCUAUGUCUACUACGUGGAUGAGACCGGUGAAUUCCGCUAUGCCGAGGAUACUUUCCAUGUAGAUGUCGAGCUACAGAACCAGAUUGAGGUGACUGCUCUAGAUGAGGUCAAGCCAGGCGCAGAUGUUGAGCUAGAAAUUAAGACGCCGCCCCAGUCAUUCGUUGGCUUGAUGGCUGUGGAUCAGAGCGUCUUGUUGCUAGGAUCCAAUAAUGACAUCAAUAAAGAUUCGUUCGGUUGGCGCUUAGGACGUUACGAUACUCACACACCCUGGCAAGGGGGUUACUCCUACUAUCCCGGUGAACGAAGCGGCGUGGUGACCAUGACGAAUGCCAACUUCUUCUAUAAUCGCACAGCUCCCGAUUAUCACCUAAGUAAGCUGAAAAAAAAAAGCUUCGCAGGUGGCGUCAUGCGAAAGACCGCACUUGUAUCGAAUGACAUGGUACAUAGCACAGCAGUUCCAAUGAGCGCAUCAGCAGAAGGUGCCUUAGUUGGGAACGCAGGUGGAUUCGCUGCAGCGCCUGCCUCAGCACCGACAGUGCGCAAAAACUUUGUGGAAACGUGGCUAUUCGAGGACAUCGAAAGUACCAAGACAGAGAUUUUCAAGUGGGUCCGAAAAAUCCCCGAUACAAUUACAAGCUGGGUGCUGACGGCGUUUUCACUGCAUCCCGACAAGGGCUUGGGCGUGACCAACGAGCAGCUGAAAAUUAAGACUUUCCAGCCGUUCUUUGUGUCCGUGCGUCUACCAUACUCUGUGAAGCGUGGCGAGGUAAUCAAUGUGCCCGCUCUGGUCUUCAACUACCUGCCCAAGCAGCUGGACGUGGAGGUGACCCUGAACAACGAGGAUAACGAGUACGAUUUUGUGGAUGUGUCCAACGAGGUACUGGGCGAACAGAAGCGCACCCAGACGCUGCGCGUGGGCGCCAAUUCCGCAGCCGGCGCCUCCUUCCUUCUGCGUCCCAAAAUCAUUGGCAGCAUUCUGCUGAAAUUUACGGCCAUUUCUCCUCUUGCCGGAGAUGCAGUGCACAAAACCCUUAAAGUGGUGCCCGAAGGUGUCACGCAAUAUAAGAAUCGGGCAUUCUUCGUCAACUUGAAGGAUGUGCACGAGCACAAGGACAGCUUUGAACUGGAUCUGCCGGAGGACCUUGUGCCAGACUCGCAGCAUGUCGAAUUUGGUUUUGUCGGCGAUCUGCUUGGUCCGGUCAUUAAGAAUCUAGAACAGCUGCUGCACUUGCCCAGCGGCUGCGGCGAGCAGACCAUGUCCAAACUUGUGCCCAACUAUUUGGUACAUGAUUAUCUGAAGCACAUGAAGAAACUAACUCCAGAAUUGGAGCAUCGCAUAAAGCGCAAUCUGGAGCAAGGCUACCAGCACAUGUUCCAUUACCGUCACGACGAUGGAAGCUAUAGCUCCUUUGGACCAGGCAAGUGGCGUGAGGAGGAUCCAGAACGCAACGGUUCCACCUGGCUGACGGCCUAUGUGCUGCGCUCCUUUGGCCAGGUGAGGGAUUUGAUAAAGCUGGACGAAAAACAACUGGAGAGCGGCUAUGAGUUCCUACUCAGCCGACAGGCUGAGAACGGAAGCUUCACGGAAGAAGGCGAAUUUUUCUAUGGCUCACAGCGCUCGGCCCUCACGAUGACUGCCAACGUACUUCUGGCUCUACUUGAGCAGCAGAAGCCCAACCAAACGGCCAUCGACAAGGCUGUGGCCUAUCUGAAUGCCCACUCCAAUGAGAAGGAUACGGAAGAUCUAUUGCCCAGGGCUAUUGCUACGUACGCGUUGCAGAAAGCAAAGUCUCCAGAUGCCGCCAAGCAUGUGGCUGCUCUGAAAGCACUUGCCAAGCACGAGGAAGAUCGCACCUGGUGGACGGAAGAUGAUCAAAAGUUGCGCCCCGGAAAAUGUGCUCGCUGGUGGUGCUGGGUGUGGAGCCAUGACAUUGAAAUCACUUCAUAUGCACUGCUCUCGUUGCUGGAAUCGGACCUAGAGACUCCCAAUUCGCUGCUGAAUUCGAUUCGCUGGCUGGUGGCACAGCGGAACAGCUUUGGUGGUUUUGCUUCUUCGCAGGAUACGGUGGCUGGGCUUCAGGCCCUCAUACAGUUCGCUAAGAAGUCCGGCUACGAGCCAGCUAGGUGGGACGUGUCAGUGUCCAAUCAAGGUCCGCGAGAAAAGACUGAGAAGCUCAGCCUGACGGAAGAUAACGAUUUGCUACUACAAACGGUGGAGUUCCCUCAAGGCACCAAGUCGCUGUCGUACGAGGCCAAGGGAACUGGCGCUGCUCUGCUACAGAUCAGCUACCAGUACAAUGUUGUCGAGAAGGAGCCCAAGCCGAGCUUCAAGAUUCAAGCUAUUAUUAAGCCAGAAUCGCCGCCAGCCAAGUUAGAGCUCAGCGUAUGCGUUGAGUAUGUGGAGGAGGGCAAGGCCAAAGCAUCCAAUAUGGCUAUACUGGAAGUCUCACUACCAUCCGGCUAUACCGUAGAUGAGGACAGUUUCAAGGACAUACAGGAAAUCGAGCGCGUCAGGCUGGUGGAGACCAAAAAUGAAGACUCUGUGGUGGUCAUCUACUUUGAGAGUCUGCCCAAGGGAGAAAUCAAGUGCAUACCUAUCGAGGCGUUCAAGACUCAUGCUGUCGCCAAUCAGAAGCCUGCUCCGAUUGUUCUCUAUGAUUACUACGACACGAACAAGAAAGCAACUGAAUAUUACCAGGUCGAAUCAAAGCUUUGCGACAUUUGUGAGGGCGAUGAAUGUACGGCUAAGUGCUGAACACCAUCUUAUCUAAUGAUAACAUCUAUGUGCCCUUUACUAAUUACGAAGAGAAAAUAAAUUGCUGUGAUUAUACU